UGGGGAGGAAGGGGGGGAAAUGAGUGGUAUAAGUGGGGAGGCGAGCUAAGAAAAGCCGUCGCUGCCUCCAAGGACCAUCUAAAGCUGCGAAAGCUGCACUUAAAAUCAACUGCAGGUUUCAGCUAUGUGGCUCUACCUAGCUGUCCUGGUGGGACUUUACUUCCUUCGCCGAUGGUACCGAGAGAGACAGACAGUGGAGAAACUGACAGAUAAAUAUGUCUUCAUUACCGGCUGUGAUUCUGGCUUUGGGAACCAGCUAGCCAGGCAGUUGGACUCUCGGGGUCUGCGGGUGUUGGCCGCUUGUCUCACGGAGAAGGGAGCACAGGAACUGGAGAGACUUACAUCGGACCGGUUGAAAACCACCUUGCUGGAUGUCACCAGCACUGAGAGUGUUGCAGCAGCAACCGAAUGGGUGAAAACAUGUGUAGGGAACAAAGGGCUCUGGGGCUUGGUAAACAACGCAGGUAAAGCUAUACCCACAGCUAUCAAUGAGUGGCUGACGAAGGAGGACUUUGCCAAAGUGCUGGAUGUCAACUUGCUUGGGCUGAUUGAUGUGACGUUGCAGAUGUUGCCCCUGGUGAGGAGAGCCAGAGGGAGAGUGGUCAAUAUAAGCAGUGUGAUGGGAAGAUUAGCAUGCUUUGGAGGAGGGUAUUGCCCAUCCAAGUAUGGUGUGGAAGCCUUCUCAGACGUUUUGAGGCGUGAAAUUUCUCCAUUUGGAAUAAAGGUCAGCAUUGUUGAGCCUGGUGCUUUCAGUACAGGCAUUCUCCAAUCUACAUUAGAGAGCUUCCAGACUUCAUGGAACAAAGUACUUUCUGAAACUAAAGAAGUCUAUGGGCAGCUAUACUUUGAUAAGUUUUUGAAGUCCUUACAAAACCAGAUGAAAAGCAGCAACAAGAACCUCUUCUUAGUCACUGAUUGUGUAGAACACGCCCUGACCUCCCGCUACCCUCGUGCUCGCUACAGUGGUGGCUUGGAUGCGAAACUCUUCUACCUUCCAGUAUCUUACUUGCCCAGCUCGGUAGCAGACUUCAUCGUGACCUACACUUGGCCAAAACCAGCACAAGCAGUGUCAGGGUGAACUCACAAAACAUAGCUUCCCUAUCAAGGGUUUAAUAUCCUAAUACAAGUGGUCCUCGACUUGCAGCAGUUCAUUUAGUGACCGUUGGAAGUUACAAUGGCACUGGGGGGGGGAAAAGUGACUUUUCCCCAUUUAACAGCAUCCCCGUGGUCACGUGAUCAAAAUUCAGAUUCUUGGCUCAUAUUGAUGAUGGUGGCAGUGCGAUUCCCUUUUGCAACCUUCUGACAAAGUCAAUGCGGAAGCCAGAUUCCCUUAACAAUUUUUUUUUUAAUUUUUGUUUACAUUUAUAUCCCGCCCUUCUCCGAAGACUCAGGGCGGCUUACAUUGUGUAAGGCAAUAGUCUCAUUCUAUUUGUAUAUUUAUAUACAAAGUCAACUUAUUGCCCCCCCCCAACAAUCUGGGUCCUCAUUUUACCUACCUUAUAAAGGAUGGAAGGCUGAGUCAACCUUGGGCCUGGUGGGACUCGAGCCUGCAGUAAUUGCAAGCAGCUGUGUUUAAUAACAGGCUAUCUUACAGCCUGAGCUGUAAGUUACCCACGGUAACACAAUCGGUGUUACUAACUUAACAGUUGCAGUGAUUCACUUAAUAACUGUGGCAAGAAAGGUCAUAAAAUGGGGCAAAAUUCACUUAUCAACUGUCUCGCUUAGCAAUGGAAAUAGAAUAGAAUAGAGCUGGAAGGGACUUCGGAGGUCUUCUAGUCCAGCCCCCUGCCCAGGCAGGAAACCCUAUACCAUUUCAACGUUGGGCUCAGUUGAGGUCAUAAGUCGAGGACUACCUGUAUAAUGCAGAAUCAUUGAUACCUACAGUACAAAUAGAGCCAAUAAUAUUUCAUCAACUCUGAACAGUUGGGUCAUAUAGCUUAAGCUGCCUUGCAACACUAAUUGACCUGAGUGGGUCUUCUAGAAAUAGGAACAGAAGGUAUAUUUUGUGCAGCUGUAUGACCUGGCUCAGAAAGGCUUAUGAAUUAUACAGAAUCCUAGCAACAAUUUCUAGAAAAGCAAUAAACCACCACACAUUUCCGAUGACAUUUUUUGAUCAGUGCUUUUGUUUGUAAAAAUGAAUUUAAAGAAAGCUUGGAAAUAUAUUUUUUGGAAUAAAAUUAUAUUUGAAAUGAUAAAACUGAA